CUCUCCUCUCCCUUGCCAGAUGCCCUUUCCAGGGCUUGGCUGGGCCUCUGGAGGCGGCCGCCCAUUCCCCAAGGAGGGGGGCUCGCAGCUGUCGCCCCCUCCCUCGCUGGGGCGGGGGGGGGAGAGAAGCGAGCGCUGGAGACCUGAGAUGGUGGCGGCAGCGGCGGCGGCCGCAGUAGCAGCAGCAGCAGCUGCUCUUCCCUCCAGCCGCAUUGAGGCCCCUGCGCCAGGCGCUGCGUGCCAGCCCGCCCGCCCCGGAGGACGCCACCCAGCUUGGCAGCGCCCGGACGGAGCGAGCAGAGAGUCCCCAGGCCCCGGGACGGCGCCCCGCUUCCUCCUCCUCCUCCUCCCGCGCCCCCGAUCCCUGGAAGUCUAGAGCGCCUCGCCUUCUAUAGCCGCCGCAGCGCCGGGGAGGAGUUCCGGCUUCGACCCUUUUUGCCGCCUUCUCCGAGGGCCCAUUGAAAAAAAACACCCGGUGGCUUCCCUGGAAAGGAGCGCUUCCUCUUCGCCCCCACCCUCCCGGAGCCCCGGAGCGGGUUUCGUCUUCGCGCAGAGGUCCUUGGGGGGGCUUUCUUCUUCCACCUUUCUGCCUGCACCUCCUGCGCGUUCACACGAUCAGAAGCAGGAUCCCUCCGCCAUGAGUCGCCGGGUGGUGCGCCAGAGCAAGUUCCGGCAUGUCUUUGGGCAGCCAGUCAAGGCCGACCAGAUGUAUGAGGACAUCCGGGUCUCCAAGGUGACGUGGGACAGCUCCUUCUGCGCCGUCAACCCCAAAUUCGUGGCCAUCAUUGUGGAGUCGGGCGGCGGGGGGGCCUUCAUGGUUUUGCCCCUGGCCAAGACCGGCCGUGUGGACAAGAACAUCCCCUUGGUGACAGGGCAUACGGCCCCCGUGCUGGACAUUGACUGGUGCCCCCACAAUGACAACGUCAUUGCCAGUGCCUCUGAGGACACAACAGUCAUGGUCUGGCAGAUCCCUGACUACAUCCCCAUGCGCAACCUCACGGAGCCAGUCGUCACCCUCGAAGGGCAUUCCAAGCGUGUGGGGAUCCUGACUUGGCACCCCACAGCACGCAACAUCCUACUGAGCGCAGGGGGCGACAACGUCAUCAUCCUCUGGAACGUGGGCACUGGGGAGGCGCUCCUGACCCUGGAUGACCUGCACACCGACCUCAUCUACAAUGUCUGCUGGAACCACAACGGGAGCCUCUUUGUCACCACCUGCAAGGACAAGCACCUGCGAAUCAUUGACCCCCGGCAACACCUGGUUGUGGCAGAGAAAUUCAAGCCCCACGAAGGCGCCCGUCCCGUCCGAGCCAUCUUCAUGGCCGAUGGCAAAGUCUUCACCACCGGGUUUAGCAAGAUGAGCGAGCGGCAGCUAGCGCUUUGGGACUUGAAGAACUUCGAGGAGCCCAUAGCCCUCCAGGAGAUGGACACAAGCAACGGAGUUCUCCUUCCCUUCUAUGACCCUGAUUCCAGCAUAGUCUACCUGUGUGGCAAGGGGGACAGCAGCAUCCGGUACUUUGAGAUCACGGACGAAGCCCCCUACGUCCAUUACCUGAGCACCUACAGCAGCAAAGAACCCCAGCGAGGGAUGGGCUUCAUGCCCAAGAGAGGCCUGGAUGUCAGCAAAUGCGAGAUUGCCAGGUUUUUCAAGCUGCACGAGCGCAAAUGCGAGCCCAUUGUUAUGACCGUUCCACGAAAGUCUGACCUCUUCCAAGACGAUUUAUAUCCUGACACGCCGGGGCCUGAACCCGCACUCGAGGCAGACGAGUGGCUGUCGGGAAAGGACGCGGAGCCUAUCCUGGUUUCGUUACGGGACGGCUAUGUCCCCGUCAAGAACCGGGAGCUCAAGGUCACCAAAAAGAACAUCCUGGACAGCAGGCCCCCCACGGGGCCACGGCGAAGCCAGUCCACUUGCGACACAAAUUUUUCGCGUUCUGCGUUGGAGGAGCUUCUGGAAGAGAUCCGGUCCUUGCGGCAAACUGUCCAAGCUCACGAGAAGCGCAUCUCUGACCUGGAAAACAAACUCUGCCAGUUCACCAACGGGACGGACUAGCAACUCCCCCCCACCCCCCGAAAAAACCCCCACCCACCCACCAGCCUUGGCCAUGCCUGGGGACACCCUCCGCCGGAGACCCGGAUUCUGCAUCUUUCCCCUUUCCCGGAGACUCCGCUGCUUAUUCUCCCAUGGCUCAGCAGACGUUUGCAGUGGGGAGCAGGGACAUUCUCCCCCCGCCCGACCCCCGCCUACUGGAAAUGGCCCACCACCCUGACCUCCCCCCCCUAAGCUUGGACUUUGAUCUCAGCUGCUUUGGAACGACAGGCAAGAGCUUUUCAGGGAGGGGGCAGAGAGAGUGAAGGAGAGAGGGAUCAGAGUUCAGAUCUUGCCCCCCCCCCCGUCCCAAAACUGGGCCCGACACCCACCCUCUACCUCAUCCUGCCUUCUCCUUGCCACGGAACGGGGCAACUGUGUUAUUUUUAUUGGGGGGGGCGUGUUCCAUGUGUGUUUUGGGAUGCAGUGACCGGGGUGGGGCGGGGGGUCGAGAUUUGAGGUUGAAUGGAGACUGGGGGGCGAUGGGAAGUGGGGUGAGGCACUGCUUGCUUUUAGGGGGAGGGAGAGAGACAGACCCUGCAGGCGGGGGCAGACAUUGGCCAGAGGAGAGCAGAGGGUGGCCUCUGUGCUGAGCGAACGGGUGGGGUAUUAUGGGAUGGCUCGGAACAAUUAUCUGGGGCCCUGAUGAGUUGCCUCACAUCUUUGGUUGGGGGGGCGGGUUGUUCUCUGCAAUAUGUAGUUGGGUGGAGUGUCAGCUGCUUGAAAAGGGGGAGAUCUGUAGACCAUCCCUGAAUUGUGAUGAUGUGCCAAUGAAUUUUGGGGAUCCCUGGAAUGGAGCGGGAUGGGGGGCUGUCCCCUCCCCCAUGCUUGUAUUGCAAAGCCGCAACCAUGGGAGGGGGGCUGGGGGGGGACAAGGCAGGAGGGCCAUUGCUCAUGCGCAAACGCUGAUUAAAAUAUACGUGCAGUUAAAAGCUGCUCAUCGGACGCAGCCUCUUUUUUCUGUCUGUGAAAGGGCAAAUCUGUGUCUAUCAAUCCCGCUGGAUCCCUUCCAUAGGAGUCUAUAGCCUCCAGGGCUGUGUCGUCAUUGGACAGGGUUGGACCCAGGAGGGACUGGAUUCGAAUCAGCGCUCGGCCACAAAGCUCAGCCUUAGAUGGCUUGCUCUCUGCCUAACCUAAUAAAAUGGGGGAACAAACCAUGAGGGACAGGAUUUACAUGGGUG